AUGGCGACGGCAAAGGCGGAGCCGAUGGUUGAGUUGGACGACUUCGUCUGCUUCGAGCGUGUCGGCGCCGACUGGGAGUGGAAGAAUACCCUCGGGAAGGUGAUCGGCUUCCCCACGCCGACCCGCGUGUGGGUGGAGCUCUUUGACCGCAGCGAACACGUCCCCCAGUCCACAACCCUCAUGGACGAAAAGCUGCAGGAGAUGGCGACGAACACUGGCGCGCUGGCCCUCUGGGAGGAGAAACUGGAGUUGGACCACCAGCUCCAGCAGGCGGCGGAGGAGGAGGACAAGGCCGCCGAGAAGCUCUUUGCGAUGCGGGAGGCCUCGCAGCAGCGGCAGGCAAAGGCGUCGGCCCACACACGCGAAACGAUGGUGGCACUCGAUGCGACGCGCGACGCAAUUGCUCGUGUCCCGCAGCGGCAGUGGCGCGAAAUGCGGGCCCCUGGUCGCCCGACGGAGUCUCUUGUGUCCCUCGGCCGUGCCAUCAUGCUGGCGCUGCGGGAGGACCGCGCCAAGAGCUGGGAGGAGAUGCAGGACGUCAUGCGGCAGCCGGACUUCAUGGAUCGUGUCAUGAGCCUUGAUUGCAGCGUCGCCCCGCUGCCAAAGACAAGCCGGAAGAAGAUUAUGAAGGAAAUCGGCGCCCGUCGAGCCGAAGCGCGGCGCGGCAGCCUUGCCGGCGGCUCUGUGCCCCGCGAGAGGUUGCAGCAAGCGCAGCGCCAGGCGGAAAGCAAGGGCGGGACGCAACUUGAGGCGGCCAUGCUGGACUGGUUGCUGGGGCAGGUCGCCUGCUCGGACGCACGCGAGGCGGAGGAGCACAUCGUGGAUGAGUUCUUUGCGGAAAACCAGGAGCAAACAAAACUAUUGCAAGGGGUGAAUAUCAUGCGCGAGAACAUCUCCGCCAUACAAGAAAAGCUGCUGGAGAAAAAGCUUGCCAUCUGCGACGGCACACCGCUGGCCACCUUACUGAUAAAGGACGCCGCGGCCUCCAAAGACUCGGUCUUCUACAGGCGCAUGACGAACGGCCGUGCGGUGACGGAGAUGAUUUUGCGCAGCAGCGUCUUGGUCGUCUUUGGGGCCAAGGCGGAGGAGCAGGAGGAGAACGACGACGGCGCUUUGUUUGUGCGCCUGGCGCCGGAGGAGGUUGCGCAGCUGCGGGAGGCCGCGCGCGCCGCAAACGAGGUGCACGACCUGGAGGAGCUGGAGGCGCUCUACCAGCUGGGCGAGCGGGAGAAGGAGGACAUACGCGAGUUGAGGGCCCGCAUGGAGGAGCUGCGCUGCAAGGACGACUUCACCGAGGAGGACGAGGAGGAGAUGCGGCAGCUCGACGCCGUCCUGACGCAGGCGGUACGCCGCCAUGAGAUGACGCAGUGGCGCAUCCGCCAGCUUGAGACGCAGGGGCGCAACAAACUCUUCCUGGAGAGCCGUCGGGUUGAAGACGUGGUGCACUCGGAGCUGCGCCUUGUCUUCUCCGGGGACGCGUGGGGCGGCCUCCUCGAAAGCGCGGGGCACCGUGCGAGGAUGGAGGCGGCGCUCUGCAAGGACCUCUCCCGCGCUUUGGGGCUGCCAGUGGAGAACAUGAGCGGCGUCUCCUUCGCCCCUGCGCCGCUGCUGGUGAACCUUACCGUGCGGCACGGCCGCGACGUGACGGCGGAGCAGUUGCAGGCCCUCGCAGAGGAGGCGGAGUUCGAGGAGCUCCGCAGGUACUACGAAAGUGUGACGGCCGAUACGUGCUACCCGCUCAACACCUUGUCGCAGCGGUUGGCAUACGAAGAGGCGGUGCGUAGGGCGCACCUCGCUGCAAACUUUGCGGGCGCCGGUCUGCCGGAGAAGCUCGAGGACUUUGCCGACGACAGUGAGGAGGGCGCAACUGACGAUGAGAACUACCGACGCCCGACGGUGGAGAUCGCAACAGUACGCAACGACUACGGCCUCGAGGCGCGCUACGGAUACCCGAUUCUCCGACAUGUGGGCGUCCCCGCCGGGUUUGAGGCCCUGCUGGAGGCGGGUAGGUUGCAAGCGAAGGAGAGGACUGAGGCGCAAGAGGCGGCAGAGCCGAUGGAGGGAGCAGGCGGAGAUGCAGAACAUGCGCUGGACGUUGCCGAGCAAGUCGCCAAGGAUCAAGUGGCCGAAGUGAAGGAGCUGGACGUUGCCGAGCACGCCGCCAAGGAGCAAGUGGCCGAAGUGAAGGAGCUGGACGUUGCCGAGCACGCCGCCAAGGAGCAAGUGGCCGAAGUGAAGGAGCUGGACGUUGCC